GGGCGGUGUGAGCGCAGCGCGGGUCAUGGCCGCCUCGAAGCCCGUGGAGGCCGCGGCGGUGGCGGCCGGGGGAGGCGGGCCUGGGACGGGCGCGGGGCCGGGCCCGGGCCCAGCGGGGCUGCCGCGCUGGCAGCUGGCCCUGGCGCUGGGGGCGCCGCUGGUGCUGGGCGCGGGCGCGCUCUACCUGUGGGGGCGGCGGCGGCGGGCAGCCCGCGGCGGCGGCGGGAAGGGCCCCAGCGAGAGAAAGACGCCGGAGGGCAGGGCCAGCCCGGGGCCCGGCGGCCUCCAGCCCGACGGGCCCGGUCACGACGAGAUGAGCCCUCUCGAUAGAGCCCAAGCAGCAAAGAACAAAGGCAACAAGUAUUUUAAAGCAGGAAAAUAUGAGCAAGCCAUUCAGUGCUACACAGAGGCUAUCAGUUUAUGUCCCCCUGAGAAAAACCUUGAUCUCUCCACUUUCUACCAGAACAGAGCUGCUGCAUAUGAACAACUGCAAAAAUGGAAAGAGGUGGCACAAGACUGCACAAAGGCUGUUGAACUUAAUCCUAAAUACGUGAAAGCACUCUUCAGACGUGCAAAGGCACAUGAGAAACUAGACAACAAGAAGGAAUGUUUAGAAGAUGUCACUGCAGUCUGUAUUUUAGAAGGUUUCCAAAACCAGCAAAGCAUGUUAUUAGCUGAUAAAGUUCUAAAACUCCUUGGAAAAGAAAAGGCUAAAGAGAAAUAUAAGAACCGGGAGCCUCUAAUGCCCUCACCCCAGUUCAUCAAAUCUUACUUCAGCUCCUUCACAGAUGAUAUAAUUUCCCAGUCUCUGCAUAAGGGUGAGAAAUCUGAUGAAGAUAAGGACAAAGAGGGGGAGGCCUCGGAUGUCAAAGAAAACUCUGGAUAUUUAAAGGCAAAGCAAUACAUGGAAGAAGAAAACUAUGAUAAAAUAAUCAGCGAGAGCACGAAAGAAAUUGAAGCAAAAGGCAAAUAUAUGGCAGAAGCUUUGCUGCUGCGAGCUACUUUCUACCUGCUUAUUGGCAAUGCAAAUGCUGCCAAACCUGAUCUGGAUCAGGUUAUCAGUAUGGAAGAUGCUAAUGUAAAGCUCCGUGCUAAUGCCUUGAUCAAACGUGGCAGUAUGUACAUGCAGCAGCAACAACCUAUGCUGUCCACCCAAGACUUCAACAUGGCUGCUGACAUUGAUCCUCAGAAUGCUGAUGUUUACCAUCACAGAGGACAGCUGAAAAUCCUACUAGACCAAGUUGAAGAGGCUGUGGAAGAUUUUGAUGAAUGCAUUCGAUUGCGACCUGAUUCUGCCUUGGCACAAGCACAAAAAUGUUUUGCGUUGUAUCGCCAAGCCUAUACAGGAAAUAAUCCUUUGCAAGUGCAAGCAGCCAUGAAAGGUUUUGAAGAUGUCAUCAAAACAUUUCCCAGGUGUGCUGAAGGUUAUGCACUCUAUGCUCAGGCACUAACAGACCAACAGCAGUUUGGGAAGGCUGAUGAAAUGUAUGAUAAAUGCAUUGACCUUGAGCCAGACAAUGCUACUACAUAUGUUCAUAAAGGUUUACUUCAACUUCAGUGGAAGCAGGAUCUAGACAAGGGCUUGGAGCUCAUAAGCAAGGCCAUUGAAAUCGAUAACAAAUGUGACUUUGCAUAUGAAACAAUGGGAACGAUUGAAGUGCAAAGAGGCAAUCUAGAUAAAGCCAUUGAAAUGUUCAACAAAGCUAUCAACCUGGCCAAAUCUGAAAUGGAAAUGGCCCACCUCUACUCGCUCUGUGAUGCUGCCUAUGCCCAGACAGAAGUCGCAAAGAAAUACGGAUUGAAACCGCCUACGUUAUAAAGAAACAAGAGGAGGAAAUAACCUUUUUAAGUAAAGUUGCCCAGUUCAACCUAGCCCCAAAGACACUGUUGCAAACCAUGAUGAAUGGUGGAACUUAGAUUUUUCCUUUUCGUGAUGUUGUCAUUUGUUACCUCUGUUCAAUGUUUAGGUGUUGUGGGAGUGGCUGUCCCAGGAAGAAUGCCAUAUUGCCGCUUGUUCCCUCUGCAGCCGAAACAAUAAAGCCUCUCAAGGGAAAUCAAGCUGCAGGGGAACAAACAAAAAGUUAUUUUGGCCAUGCAAAUAAAAACAUUAUGUUGGUUCCUUCUGGGUGGUGAUAUUGUUGGCGAUUUUUGCUUUAUCGAGAUACAAUUUUACAGCAUGUUUUUCUGUUGAUUUUAAACUUAAUACUAGCUAGUGCUGUAAAAUAGGUUUCUUUUUAUACACAAUCCCUAAGGGUUGAUUUUAGUUUUGCAAAAGAAAAAAACCUUAAUUUACAAAUCUGUUUACUAGUAGGGUUUUUCUAAAAAAGUCAAUAGAUGUGAAGAGAAACCCUGUAAAUAUAUCCAAGCAUGCAGUCUUUCCUUGAAACCCUUACUGCCCUCUGCAUACUGUUUAGAAAUAGUCCUGUGGCAGCUAUUAACAGACUUUGAUCACCUGUACCCUCUCCCCAAAAGUGCUAUCAUACUGUUUGUGAGAGCUCUUUAAAAAAAAAAAAAAAAAAGCUUUCCAAGUCAACACUACUUCACCAUAGGUAUUACUGAAAGGCAAGGCCAUUGCUCUCUGUUGUUCUUAUGUCUUUAAAACCAUUGGGAACUGUUAAAAGUCUGAGUGGUUCAAAGAAACUUUCAGGAGACUGAAGUCUCCCUGAGGCUUUAAACUGCCAAGGUUGGGGUUGUGUGUGUUUGACCUCUACUGUUGAGAUUUGUUGCAUUUAAUUGCUGUAGCAGGUAUGGAAAAAACUUUAAACUAGGGUUUUUCUAACUCCAGCCAGUGUGUUCUUGUUCUGCUUCCUCCAAAUUGUCCUUUGCAGGUGAGCUGAGAUAAGGAGCAAAGCCCAGUAAUGGAUAUGGGAUCUUAACUGAUGUUCUUGAUUUGCAGAACUGUCUUUGCUAAAACUACAGAUACUGUCUAAUGUGAUGUUCAACUACCAGCAUGUUCCUUAUCGGUGACUUGCUCAACACUAAGCCUUUCUGUGAUGGAAUUUUACAGAGAGCUUUUUCUGCUAUUUUGGGGUAACCUGUUACUCUUUGCUUCUAGAAUCAUUCUGUGACUGCCUUCCCCUGGCUUUGUGGGAUUGUGAGGAGCUCCUGACGUCCUGCAAAGGCUUAAUUUGUGUCCAUUUAGAUUUCCUGCUUGUAUUCUGGGCCUUCUCUCCACUCCAAAUUUUGGAAAUUAUGUGUUGAUUUGCUAAUCUAUUACAUCCCUUACAGAAGUGAACUCGGUAAGUGUGAGACUUUGGCACACGAGUUCUAAUGCCUAACAGUGGCAAGCUGUAUUUUUAACUUGGCCUCAUUGGCCAGGGAUGCAGGGACAGACAGUGGCUUAAACUUUCCAUUUUAUGCCCAGCUCAGGAAGUCCUAAGCUCCUGAAGCAGCAAUGUUGUGUGGAGUGGAAGAUGUUUAAGACACAGUCUCUCUCAGAGGACGCUGCAGUUAUUGAGUGCUGGGCCUGCCGUGGAACUUGCAAUUGCUGACUCUCUUACUUGAGAACGACCGUAUGUCAAAUUCACAGAAAUUACUCAAAACUUUGACUGUAAUAUGUCCUGUUCCCCAAAAGGGUUUUUAUUCGCAUGGCCUUAUUGAUGCCAUUGUUGUUUCUCCUCUUCUUUCCCUCAAAGAUUAAGGAAACAAAACAAGCAUGUGCUGUCUAAUCCUAGCAUUCCAAAUCAUCACGGACUAUUGCCUGUUCUUGAAAUAGUUUGAAACUGCACUGAAAGAUGCAUUUGUCUGUAAUUUUUUUGUAAAUGACAUCACCUGUAAAGUCAACAAAUAAAUAUUACAUUCAAGUGUCUCUAUCUCAACAUAUGUAAGAUGAAGUGUUGGCAGAAGAUUGCAAAUGGCAUCAGUGGAAGUGGCAUAGACCUCCAGUUGUGUGUGGACAUUAGAGGCCACUGUGAAUCUAGAAGUUGAUUAUGAAUGCUUGAGUAGCCACUGCUCCUUUUCUACCUUCUCCUGCUUAAUCUUCCAAAUGCUGACAAGGUGCAAGCUUAGAGUGAACAGCCCAACACUGAGUGAGGUGGUGUGAGAAAGCAGUAGAGCAGCGUGUAGAAGAGGAAUUGGAGCAGCUGGCCAUCACUCCCUGGCAGAGUAGAUGUUAGUUUGCUGUAGGAAAAAGCCUGGCUCCUAAGAAUUGUCUUCAUGCCAGGAGUACUGCAUAAGAACUCACAAACACCCCUGUUCAAUAAUGAGUGUGAGAGAAACGCAAGGAGUUAACAUUAUUGCUGCUAUUUAAAAAAACAACAAAACAAAAAAACCCUAGUGAAAGAAUGUAGAGCUAGUACAACAGACUAGCCUUAGGCCUGAUGCUGUGAGAAGCAGAUCCCUCAAUAACCAACCAUAUACCUUCAUCCUAUGAAGAAAACCCUGCAGCUUGUGUUCCCAAUCAGAUGCUUACAGCGUGCCAACAGUUUGCAAGGUGCACAAAUGGUAAUUUGAAGUUAUGACUUCAGUCAGCAGGAUCUGAACCCAGACUUCCAAAGGUGAACGAGUGCAGCAGGUACUAGCCUUCAAAACUGUAUGGUGUAACCAGUCAGCAGUUGGUCUGGAUUCUACACUGGGGAGUGCUGGGAACAGCUGAACUAGUAAACAGCUCAGACUAGGCCUCCCAGCAGUGCUGAUACCAAUGUUCCUGCCCCCUGUCCAACUGCAGUACCUGCCAUCUCGCUUUGCUGUUCCUAGAGAAUGUAUUCAUAUGGGUUGUGCUUUGGGAAAUAUUUAUGUUCUGUUGUUGAUAGAUUUUCUAUAUUUAUAGAAUGCUGGUGCAUAUGGAAAGAGCAAUUACUUAAAGUGCCUGCCUUCUGUCAACACAGUAGUGACUGCUUUAACUACUAAGGAGCCUAGGGAUGAUGUCUAAUUUGACAAACACAAAACCCUCUUGGCCUCCCUUGGAGGUGAGUUCAAGCUAUAGCAAGACCUGAUGUAAUGAGGUAUUUGGGGGUGGAUUUGAGUCAUUUAAUCAACUUUGCCCAUUUGGGACUUAUGCCAAGGUGGAAUCACAUCUCUCCGUUUGAUGCUUCAGGACUAAACAGCCUCUUACUCAAAGCAAACUUUCUUCUCAGCUUAUCCCUCAUUGUAAAUGCUGUUUUAUUAUUUUAAAAACCAACAUUUGGACCGUUCAUCAGCAUCCCACAUUUUUUUUUUUUUUUUUAAUCCUCCAAAGGCAAGUACAUUCUGGUUAAAACUUAGUUGCAUAUAAAACUAUUCUGGGGAAAAAUAUUAGUUAGACAUGUUUUUUGGAAAACUGAAUCUAAUAUAAAACUACUGUAUUUUAUAAUUGGGCCUAGCUAGGGUUGACUUAAUGCUAACUGUUGGCUGCAAUAGGCGCCAAUCUACUGAAGCUACUGUGGCUGGCCGUGAGCCUUCUUGGAAAUUUAUUAAAGACAUAAACAGUCGAUUGUUGUUUUUUUUCAACUAAUAAAUUUUCAUUUCAUCUCUCA